CGAGCGACUUUGAUAGUCACGAAGAGACUCCUCGAUCUAUUCUACUGUCUACCAACUGGGCCUCUGAAGAGCCUAUCCUGCCCCUUCGAAUCUUGUUCAACUUCCACCCACACAGUUUUCUCUCGCCUUUAUACCUUAAUUUUACAUAAACCAUUGCUGGAUUAGUGGCCGCUGGCUGGCUAAAGCAUCCAAAAUGCGUUCAUCAUUUGUAUUUAUUGCCUGUCUAACGGCCUGCUCGUUUGCGGCACCGGCAUUCUUCGACAAUGCAUACAACUUCUCUAACGACUUAUCGGAGUUCCUGGGGAGAGUGAGCAAGCAUAUCGAGCACUCUAAGGAUAUACUCAGCUCGGCCACGUGCGAUACGUCUAGCAUUGAACUGCCCGCACAGGCAUCCGGGUUACCCUCUCCCUCAGGCCAGAAGCUUCUAUACGUCGCAUUGGGGCGCGGUACGCAGAACUAUACCUGUGCGACACCAUCUACAAACUCGACGCCUGUAGCUGUCGGCGCUGUUGCAAACCUCUACAACGCUACUUGCAUCGCAGGAAGCUUCUCGGAUAUGAUUACCAUGCUGCCGAACAUCGCAUACCGGAUACCCUUGCCAAACAGUGACUCAGAUCGCCUUCCUCCGGCAAAUCUGGAUCUGAUGGGUCACCACUUCUUUGACGGCUCAACGCCCGUGUUUAACCUUGACACCACGGCAACACACCAGUAUGGCAUUGCAAGAACAAAGAAAGAGGCACAGGUUGAUGCGCCGUCGAAUGCUUUUCAAGGGAACAAUGGGGCUGUUGCAUGGCUCUAUCUCUCAGCCACGAGUGGCACGGUAGGGGACUAUUCCGGCGUAUACCGGGUGGACACUGCGGCGGGAUCGCCACCAAAGACAUGCAAGGACAUGCCAUCGGAGUUUACUGUCCAAUAUGCUGCAAAUUACUAUUUUUAUGGGAAAUGACGGUGGUUACUGAGACUCGAUAAUGUACAUA